AUGGGGGAUCCCCAACGAGCAACCCACUCCGUCGAUGACAAGCCACAGCUUGUUGACGGGUCCCACGCCCGUCGCUCCUCGGGCUGGAAGAAGUGGGCUCUUGUCCUUGCCGCUGCCAUCGUAGUACUGGCACUGGCACUUGGUCUGGGCCUCGGGCUUGGACUCCGCAACCGCGGGGGUGACGACGACGACGACAAUGACAACGGGGACGGCGGCGAGCCGACCGGCCCGGGCAACGGAACCUUCGCCACACCCCCGAGCAACCUGACCCUGGACUCCCAGUGGCAGAUCGUGCUCAGCGAGACACUCUCCGUCGACGACAACGGCCAGGUCUCCCCUACCAACACGAGCAACCCAAAGGUCUCCGUCUACGACAUCGACAUGUUCCUCCACCAGAACCUGACCGUCGUCCGCGACCUGCAGGAGCUCAACAUGACAGUCAUCUGCUACUUCAGCGCCGGCUCCUACGAGCCGAACCGCCCCGACUCGUGGAGGUUCCAGGACGACGACAGGGGCAAGGAGCUGGACGGAUGGCCCGGCGAGUACUGGCUCAGGCUGGACAGCCAGAACGUCCGCGAGAUCAUGAGGGACCGCAUCGCCAUUGCCGCCGACAUGGGCUGCAACGCCAUCGACCCCGACAAUGUAGACGGCUACGACAACGACAACGGGCUCGACCUGAGCGAAGAGGACUCGAUCAACUUCAUGCGUUUCCUGGCCAAGGAGGCCGCGGACAAGGGCAUGAUCACGGGCCUCAAGAACGCCGCUGCCAUCAUCAAUGGCGUCAUUGACGUGGUCCACUUCUCGGUCAAUGAGCAGUGCGUGCAGUACAACGAGUGCGCAGACUUCUCUGCCUUCCCCGACAACGACAAGCCCGUCUUCAACAUCGAGUACCCCGCCGGUGACGACGAAACCGACAUCAAGGCCUUCUCCACCAGCACCGUGAGGAGCAGCUGCGACAAGGCAACCAACAACAACGGCGAGGGCUUCAACACGGUCCUCAAGUACAUGAACCUCAGCGGGUGGGUCCAGUACUGCAACGGAGACACUUACAUUACCGAUGGACAAUAG